UCUCGUCGUAAAAUCUUCCUUUCUGCGAUUGUUUUGUUCGCGGAAGACCGAAUCACUAUUGCUUUUCUUUCCGACCCUCGUUCUUUUAGCGAAGUUCGUUGUCCGUGAUCGUUCGUCCGUCUUGAUACAUCCCCAUCUGUAGAUGAGUAAGACUGCGCAGAAGGCAGACUUCACAUUUGGACGAAGUUCCAGAUGCUGCUUGCAGGGAGUACCGUGGAAGGGAGGAUGGGUGGUGGAGCGCCGAUUCGUAUAGUCGGGAAACGGCAGUUGAAAGAUGCUCGGGACGCGCGAGAUGACUGGACGGGCACAACUGAUGCGAAGGAAAGAAGGAAAGCGCAGAAUCGAUUGCAUCAAAGAGCAUGGCGCCGCAAGAAAAUUGAGGAGAAGUCGAAGUACACUGCAUCGAAUUCCAGUGAGGAAUCGACUUCAAAUUAUGCUACCUCCGAUACACUACUCGCUGCCUUUGAAGCAGCUACAUCCGCCUUCACAAAUAUCACUACCUACAAAGCCUACCCGCCUUUGAUCCCAUAUCUUACCCCUGCUCAAUGGCCGUCAGAGCGUUCCUCCACCUUCCUCACCAUCCCCGCUCACUUCCCGCUCUCCGCAGACCACCACCUCCUCACGCUCAUCCAGUAUAAUGUGAUGCGCGCUAUCCUCGAAAAUAUGGUCCUAUGUAACAUCCUCAACGCCGUCCCUCUCGAAUGCCGCAACGCUCUAAACCUCCCACUAGCACACCACCCCCCUUCAACCCCACCACCAACUUUCGCUCGUACAGCCCUACAAAAAGCCAUCCCGCACGCUGAUUGGAUCGACAGUUUCCCCUGCGCGAGAAUGCGAGAUAACUUGAUCCGCGCGUGUCCUUCAUCCGUCUUCCCUUCCUCCGCUGACCCCACUCACGGAGAAGAUUUUCAACGUGGAUCUGCUAAACUCUUUGAUGAAGACGAGCUUUGCGCUGAUACAUGUGGGGGGCUGUAUGAGGGGUAUGAUGAGUGUGCGGCGAAGGGGCUGCUUGUUUGGGGGGAGCCGUGGCGGGUUGAGAGUUGGGAGGUAAGUGAAGGGUUUACGAAGAAGUGGGGGUGGUUGUUGGAAGGGUGUGAGGAUAUUGUUAGGGUGACGAAUGUUUGGAGAGAGGCUAGGGGGGAGAAGGGGAUUGUUUUGGGGGAGUGUUGA